AAAAAAAAAGUAACUGCUGCAUUUUUGUCUGACAACCCCAACCUCUGGAUCUCUUGAAAUUAUAAGCUUCUCUUUGAAAUUGCAAUCCAUUGACCAACAGGUCAAACCUAAGAGUUCUACAUGACCGCUUAUCUUUGGAUGGUUGAGUGUUGAUCUGCCGAGGAGAGCCCUGGGUGAAGCCAAGGCUGCCUGCGAAGGUCCACCCUCCCAAUUGUUCGUCCAGCACGUUCCAAAACUGUUUCUUCAAAAGUUGCUGCGGACACUUUCAAGACUGUAUCCCAAAGUAGAAACGCAGCAGUCCCAGGCAUUGGCAAUGGGCAGCGUGCGUGCCAAUCGCUACAGCAUCGUGUCUUCGGAGGAAGACGGAAUGAAGCUGGCCACCAUGGCGGUCGCCAACGGUUACGGCAACGGCAAGGGCAAGAUCCACACGAGGCAGCAGUGCCGGAGCCGGUUUGUGAAGAAGGACGGGCGUUGCAACGUGCAGUUUGUAAACAUGAGUGAGAAGGGGCAGCGGUACCUGUCUGACAUCUUCACCACCUGCGUGGACAUCCGCUGGCGAUGGAUGCUGGUCAUCUUCUGCCUCUCCUUCAUCUUGUCCUGGCUCUUGUUUGGUUGUAUGUUUUGGCUCAUUGCACUGAUGCACGGCGACUUGGAAAAGACCGAGAGCCCGACAGACCACGAGCCGUGUGUGUCCAAGGUCAACAGCUUCACCGCCGCCUUCCUCUUCUCCAUCGAGACGCAGACGACCAUCGGUUACGGCUUCCGCUGCGUGACCGAAGAGUGCCCCGUCGCUGUCAUCACCGUGGUUUUCCAGUCCAUCGUGGGCUGCAUCAUCGACGCCUUCAUCAUCGGGGCCGUCAUGGCGAAGAUGGCCAAACCCAAAAAGAGGAACGAGACGCUCAUCUUCAGCGACAACGCAGUGAUCGCCAUGAGAGACGGGAAGCUCUGCCUAAUGUGGCGUGUUGGGAACCUGCGCAAGAGCCACUUGGUGGAAGCCCACGUGCGAGCCCAGCUGCUGAAAUCUCGAGUGACUUCAGAGGGUGAAUACAUACCCUUGGAUCAAAUAGACAUUAAUGUAGGUUUCGACAGUGGAAUAGAUAGGAUAUUUCUCGUGUCGCCCAUCACUAUAGUGCACGAAAUCGACGAAGACAGUCCUUUCUAUGACGUGAGCAAACAGGAUCUGGAUAACUCGAACUUUGAGAUCGUGGUCAUUCUGGAAGGGAUGGUGGAGGCCACGGCCAUGACGACACAGUGUCGGAGUUCGUACCUGGCCAACGAGAUCCUCUGGGGCCACCGCUUCGAGCCGGUGCUCUUUGAGGAGAAGAACUACUACAAGGUCGACUACUCGCGCUUCCACCGGACCUACGACGUGCCCAACACGCCCCUGUGUUGCGCCCGAGACUUGGCGGAAAAGAAGUACAUCCUGUCCACGGCCAACUCCUUCUGCUACGAGAACGAGGUGGCGCUAAUGAACAAAGACGAAGAGGAGAGCGAGGGCGGCUCACCGGAGACCGUCAGCGCGGAGGCGCCUCCCAGCACGGACCACAAUCAGGCCACUGUGCCUCUGGAGCCCCGGCCGCUCAGGCGGGAGUCCGAGAUCUAAGAACAAAGUUGUCUUUUCUUAAAUUAAUCAAUCAAUCAAUCAAUCAAUUCAAAAAGUAUUGGUCAAAAGAGAGAGAAAGAGAGAGAGAGAAACAAAGCACAUUGCGUUGAACUGGGCACAGGAACAGUGAAGCAAGGACGGUACUCUCGAGGUGAGACUUAGGCUCAAAGUAACUGCGACACAGGUCGAUAGCCUCUUAUUGCAGAAGAUGACGAGAAAUUGUUUUUAAAUCUUUCGAGCAAAAGCACUAAAUGGAUGGUUUCUUACACGACUGCGGAGGCACAUAAUACAGUAUGCAUUGACGUACGCUGAAACGUUUGGCAAAACUUGAACUUGCAAGCAAGACUGGGUGGAUGCAAAUGGAUCUGGUAACUGUCCGUGCUCUACAAGAUGCCUCGCGAUUGCAGCUCAUCAGCUCCAAUGGAGCUGUUUUGGUCUGUGCAUCCCACGGAAUGGCUUAACUCACUUUGUUCACUUUAAGUACAGUGACCACUGAGGACUGCAGUUACUAGACAAAGGUCUUACCGUUAGCAAGUGAGCCUGCAUUCUUAAUAGUAUUUAUUACACUGGUUUUCUUCCAUUGAUUUUUAAAAUAUAUAUAUAUAUAGGGGGAAAAACUCAUCCAUAUUUAUGCUCUCCAGUUUUUUGGGUUUAUUGUCUAUUUGUUUUUUUUAUAUAUAAAAUCCCUUCCAAACUAUUCCCUCCCACCACCUCUCCCAAAUGUUACAGUUCUUGAAACUACGUUCAGUUUCCAGUCUUGAGGUAGUGAGUGCAGACGGAACUCUAUACCGCAGUUAAUCGCAACGCUCAUCAAACCCACAAAAUGUCAAUUCACUUUACAGUGUAUCCUGUGAAGCGCUUUGAAACUUUUCAA